AUGGUAGCCUGGCUGAUGCACAUUCUCAAACACGCAGAUGGCACGUGCGAAGCUGAUAUAUACGAGAAAGCUGAACCCUCAGUGACAGUGGCCCUCAGUCACGUGGAUUUUGUGAAUAAGGUACCAACAAUAGAAUCGAAAUACGAGAGAUCGAACGAGGAGGAGGAGGAGGAGGAUUACGGGGAGGAUCAAGGGGAUACGUCUGCUAAAGACGACGAGUUCAACGACGACCAAUUGAAUUAUAGAUCGUUCGCCCGGAAUCCGAGCUUGUUCCGAGCCGUUAGAACGCCGCCCCCCGCCAAUUAUCCCAUACGAACUAUAAUUAAUUGCACGCCGAGGAACACGAAGCCCCCUAUCAGGGAGCCGAACAUGCCCGUGAAGCAGGACAAGAAGGAGGAGAAGAAGGAGAAGAAGAAGAAGAAGCCCGUGAUACGCAUGGAGGGCGGUGUUACGGGGACGGUGCAGAACGAGGCCACCGUGGAGAGCAAGCUGCACGACAACCUCGACGUUGCCAAUUUCCAAUGGGGCGUGAAGGCUGUCGAGGAGAUCGGGCAACAGCAACCGCAACAACCGCAACAACCGCAACAACAACAGAACUCGGUGCCCGCGUGUUACGCGGUGAACCAAGCCUCGACGACGACGACGACGGCGGCGGCGGCGGCGGCGACGAGCCAGGUGAACGCCGUCCGGGCGCUGAAGAAUUGGCAGGCGACGCUCAGCUCGGCGAAGAGCGCGGGGGAGGACCCGGGCAAGGAUCCGCCGGCGUCCUCGGGGCAGGGAAGCGGGAAAUCGUCGGCCGGGCAGGCGGCCGCGAAGAAGGCGGCCGAGGGCGGGGCGGAGGAGAAGAAGGAGGAGACGACGCUGGAGUCGUUGAAGAAGAUGCUCAAGUCGAACACGUUGAAGGAGACGAGCGUGGUCGACGAGGAGUACAACAUACCGAGCAACGCGAACUUCGAGGCUGAGAUCAACGCGUGGAAGGACCUCGUGCAGAAGUCCAAGGUCCCGUUGGACCCCAGCAAGGAGGACUUCGCGGGGAGGGAGAACGACGGGCGCAUGGAGAUGCUGUCUAUAAGGCCCGAGCCGCCCGAGCCGAAGCUGGACGUGCAAGCUAUACCGACCACCGACCACUCGAGCGCGAAGGAGGAGGAGGACGAGGGGGAGGGUGGAAGAGACGCGAAGGGGUUGGAGGGUAAACGGGCCCCGUGCCCGAACGACACGGCCCAGAAAUUCGACACCAAGAAGCUGCACACCGGCCCCUUCUUCUCGAUCUCGAGGACGAGGAAGGGGGCGGGAAGGGCGGGGACCCCGGCCGGAUACGCCAUCAAUCGAAAGUGUCGCGAUCUGUGGAUCCUUGACUCGUUGAAAGACAUGAGAAUCUCUACCGUCGAUUACUCGACGAAUGCUGAGACAGAUUGGGGAAGCUUCAAGAAGGAGGAGGAGGCGGACGAGAGGAAGAUGAAGGGAGACGAGAUGAAUCUGCGGGACAACUUUGCGCGGGACAAGGAGGGGAUGGAGAGUAUGGAGAACAACGCAUCGAGCGUGGAGAACGUGUCGUCGAUGGAGAACGUUGGAUCGAGGCAGCAGCAGCAGCAACAGCAGCAGCAGCAGCAGGAACAGCAACAAACGAUGGGCAACGGUUUCGGGGAGCAACAGUCGGACAUGAAUUUCGGCCAGGCGCAGGCGCAGAAAGAGGUGGACGCGGAUUUUGGGGACAGUUUGAACACGAUUGCGGAGAAGGAUAUCGAGAUGUCUCUGAAUAACCCGCAACAGGAGAGCUCGGAGAGCAAGGUGUUGAUGAAUAUAAGGGAUGCCCCUGAUAUGGACAUAAGGAAGCACGAGGGCGACGAUAACAUGUACGCCAGAUCGGACCAAGGGGCUCAGUCCAAUUUGGAUUAUGGAAAUCCGUACGAGGACGAUUUUUAUCCUGGCUACGAAUCCAUGACGUUGGAAUCACCAGAAAAAUUAUCCGCAUCCCAAAACCAAGAGGAACCGUCCAUCGUGGAAGAAGAUGCUCGCCCCGAUCAAAAUAAAGAUUUGUACUCGGAUACGCGGCAUAUUCAAGAAGUAAUCAUCGACAAUAAUUACAUAAGGAUACCGGGGGAUCCUUAUCCGUACAGUCGAGAACACUUCUACAAAUGGCAGAUGCACAGGCGGGUCGGAUCUGGGAAACAGCUUAACAAUCCAAACAUUAUAAAUUCGUCGAUCAACUCCUCGAAACCGCUGCAACCUCCGAAACCGAACCAUCACAAACCGAAGCCGACGAAUGCCAACGUUGAAAAUCCAAGUUCAUCGAAAUCCGUCACUCCAUCAAAUUCGCAUCACGAUAUUUCUAUCAACAAUCAAAAAAAAUCCAGUACUAAGAACAGUGAAGAACACUCGUCUAAUACCAAGAAUUCAAUGGAUCUUAGGAGUAGCAGCACUUCCAGCAAAUCAGAAAAUACCAAAAAUGUUAAGAAUAAGGAUAAUAAAACGCACGUCAAAACUAUUAAACCAAAUAUUACCAUGACUGUGAGUUCCCCUCCAAGCAAUCCUUCACACGAAACAAAAAGUAAUGCAAGCAAUUUAAUUCAAAAUCCUAAAAUCGUGAAAUUGGGAUCAUUGGAUGAACAGAAGAAUGACCAAAGUAUUUACUCGAUGAGAAACGACGAUUUGUUAUCGAUUAAGAAAGAAGAGAUUGAAAAAAUCUACGAGCAGAAAAAUUAUGCUUAUCUUCGAGCGGAAGACAUGAAAAAUUUUCGAUUGAUUCCCAGAACAAGAUCUGAGAUGAUAGAAUCAAAUAUUCCUGUCGAAAAUCCACCAAAAUCUGAAUUAAAAGAUAAACAAGAUAAACAAGACAAUCCAGAUAAAUUAUUUAAUAUUGAAUUAACUAUGUUUGCUAUUAUUGCGUAA